AUGUUAUUUGGAAAAGAAUGUACUGAAGGAGAAGGAAUUAAUAAAGCUCAUAAAGCAAUUAGAAGUGUUUUUGAGUUGUUAGGGGCUACUGUUAUUGCUGAUUUUUUACCUUAUCUAAGGUGGCUAGAUAUAGGAGGACACGAGAAGGCAAUGAAAGAAGUUGCUAAAGAAAUCGACUCUGUUGUUGAAGAAUGGUUAGGAGAGCAUAAAAGGAGGAGGGAUUCUAAAGGGAUUAAAUCUGGUGAGGAAGAAGAUUUCAUGGAUGUAAUGUUGUCCAUUUGUGAAAACAGAGAUUUUCCUGGGUUUGAUGCCGAUACCUCUAUCAAAGCUACUUGUAUGGCUCUGCAAUUAGCAGGAAUAGACACCAUGAUCGUAACGCUGUCAUGGACUUUAUCUUUGCUCCUAAAUGUUGGCCCAAGUAAAGGUUAG